AUGUUUAAAGUAGGUUUGAAGGAAUAUAGUGGCAACGUCAGAUUGUCGCUCAAAAAGGUGACCUCGCGAAAUUUUACCACUAUAAAGUAUUUACCGGACAUAACAACAAUUAGAGAGGAGAGAAGGUUUAUUUUAAGAAGAAAUGAAGCGUCAUUUUCCACGAGCAGCGUCACACACAACGACCCUUUUGGUUCUCCAUUUGGUUCAUUCCCUAAUACGCCCCUUCCUGUUACCCGACCGAAUCAAGGUUUCACGCGAGGCCUUCAAGACUCUGAUUCCUUUAAAUCGGAGGGGCCUCUUAGGGAAAAUUCACAAACAAAAACUGAAUUGAAAAGUUUAAUAGGGCAAGAAACACAGAUUCCGCAAGCUGACUUUGUUGAUAAAGAAAAAGUCGAGACCGCAUCGGAAACUAAUAAAUCAAAGGCAGCAAGUUGGAGACUUGAUAAAACGACAAUUCAGAAACUGGUCGACGGUAUCGAUGAGCAUGGCGAAGAUUGGGAAUUUUUAUCAACAGAAGUUUUUAAUGGUAAUAUCUCCCCGCAUUCAUUGGAAAACAAAUGGACUUUCUUGAGAAAAAAGUAUCCGCCUAAAAUUCAAUCGCCUAGUAGAGUUUAUCCUUAUUGGACUACGAAAGAAACAGAAAAACUAAUCAGCGCAAUAGAUUUGCAUGGUGUAGAGUGGGAUAAAAUUUCGAUCGAGGUGUUCAAUAGAACAAGAUCCCCAAGACAAUGCAGGUCUAAAUGGGAUAACUUACAGAAGAAACCAUUUUUCCAGGAAGAGCGUCUCGAACCUGACGGAAAACCCACCAAGGCACUUAAGAGGGAAGUUUCUUUAAGAAAGGAGAAUAAUCAUGAACCACCGGCAUUAGGCGGCAUACUUCAAGAUCAAUGGUCAAAAGUUGCUUAUGCAUUAGGACGGCGCUUUGUGAAGCUCGAAAUAAAUUUUGUCAGUCCUCAGGAACUGCCAUGGACUAGAGAAGAAAAUAUCAUCCUAUUUAAAGUUAUCAAAGAACAUGGCAUCAACUGGGACGAAAUUUCUAAAGCCAUUCCAAAACGGUCGGUUGAAAGUGUACGCGAAAGAAUGGGUAAUACAACCUCGUGGACCAAAGAAGAAGUUGAGAAAUUCGAAGAGGCGUAUAAUUUAUACCAAAAUGAUUGGGAUCGAGUAUCUAAACAUAUCAAAACAAAGACGCCUGGGCUAUGUUGGUCUUAUUGGAGAACAAUUACGGGCGCUGAUAUAUUAGAAUUCCAUGCGAGUGAAAAAUCUGGAUCGAAUGUCCACCGUGCCGCACUUAAAGCAACAUUCUCCGACUCCAAGACUAUCGAACUGUCUUUCAUUCGUUAUAACACGGUUGACGCUUUCGUGCUAGAAAAUGAAGUUUCAAAAUACAAAUCACAGCGGGAGAGUUAA